AUGGCUACCUCAGUCGCCCGAUGCCUACGGGCAGCAUGCCCUUCGACGCUAUCCCGCCUCACCAGAAAUCCCUCCGUGCGCACGAGUUGGCAGCCCUCGAUCCGCGCAUUUUCCGCGACAUCGUUCAGAGGAAUCCGUAAAUACACCAAAGACCACGAGUGGAUCGACCUCAACGCGGAUAAGACCUCAGGCGUGAUUGGCAUCAGCGAGUACGCCGCCGAGGAGCUGGGCGACGUCGUCUACGUGGAGCUGCCCGAAGAUGGCAAGGUGGUGGGGGCGGGCGACGCCAUCGGGGCCGUCGAGUCGGUCAAGAGUGCGGCCGACAUCAACGCGCCCAUCUCCUGCAAGGUAACCGCGAUCAACAUGGUGCUCGAAGAGAAGCCCGGUACUAUCAACCUGGUGCCUGAGGACGACUCCCACGGCGGCGGUUGGAUUUGCAAGGUGUCUGUUGACGAGCAGGGCGUCAAGGACUUUGAGGCUCUUAUGGAUGCUGAGGCGUACAAGGUUUUUACUGGCUCGGAGCACUGA